GAUGUGUCCGAGAGUCGGAGCAGACAAACAGGGCUUGGUCAAGGGUGUCACCGUUUUAGUUUUUUUUAUUUAAUUUUUUUAUCCGUGUGUCUUUGGACGUGUUGAUAACCCAGGACUGUGACGACGCUGCCGCCGCCGACAAGCCCCGUAGAUGAAUCUCCUCCUCGGCUAUGCUGCCCUGAGAGCGCCGCGAGUAUCCGCCCCGCCAAAAUGUCUGAUGUCAACAAGACUAUUCAGAAAUGGCACGCCAGUUUUAAGAAAGGCACAGACUUUGACUCGUGGGGACAAUUAGUGGAGGCUAUAGAUGAGUACCAAAUUCUAGCAAGACAGCUGCAGAAAGAAGUCCAGUCUACGAAUUCAUCAGACUUCACAGAGGAGCAGAAGAAAACCUUAGGAAAGUUUGCGACAUGCCUGGAGAUGAGAAGUGCCAGUCUGCAGUGCACGCAGUCCAAGGAAGAGUUCAAGUUAGAAGACCUGAAGAAACUGGAAACCAUAAUAAAGAACAUACUCACCUAUAACAAAGAGUUUCCCUUUGACGUCCAGCCGGUGCCGUUAAGGAAAAUCCUCGCUCCGGGUGAGGAGGAGAACCUUGAGCUGGAGGAAGAGGAGGAUGCUGCGGCAGGAGCCGGCUCAGCCGAAGCGUUCCCACCGAGAGCUCCUGCUUCUCAAGGGACCUUGUUGCCACGGUUACCUUCAGAACCUGGGAUGACACUACUUACAAUAAAGAUUGAAAAAAUUGGGUUGAAGGAUGCCGGCCAGUGCAUCGAUCCUUACGUCACCAUCAGCGUCAAAGAUGUGAACGGCGUGGAUUUGAACCCAGCACAGGACACUCCUGUGGCCACCAGAAAGGAAGACACCUACGUUCACUUCAGUGUGGACGUAGAGAUUCAGAGACACACAGAGAAAUUACCCAAAGGAGCAGCGAUCUUCUUUGAAUUUAAGCACUACAAGCCCAAAAAGAGGUUCACCAGCACAAAAUGUUUCGCCUUCAUGGAAAUGGACGAGAUCAAACCCGGGCCGAUCGUAAUAGAACUGUACAAGAAGCCGACUGACUUCAAGAGGAAGAAACUGCAGCUUCUCACAAAGAAACCACUUUAUCUCCACCUCCAUCAGACGCUACACAAAGACAGCUAAACUCGAGUCGCCUCUCUUAAUCCCAUGAAGCCUCCUCCUCAUCAUCAUCCAGUAAUACCAAAUCAAGGCUGUGGGAUUUAUGAAGAAAAUACACAAACUGACCCAGAUGUUUGUCACAUCAGCUCACUCAAAGGUUUUAUAUUUAAAUGCUUUUGGUUUCAGCUGAAACUCAAAAAUCUGAACACUUUAUUUUUAUUUUUUAAAGCGGUAGCACGGUAAAUCAGUUUGAAACCACCUCAUGUUUAGUCUUCCACGUGUAG